UACGCAUGCGCGUGAAAGUCUUGCAAACAAUGAACUGGUCAGAUAUCAGUUUGAUUGUCGGGUGUAUUGUUCUGUCUUUUGUGCUUUUUCUUGCUUACUGCGGAGCGUUUCAUGUCAUCACGUUUCGUACGGCUCAGCCCUAUGAAAGAGAUCUUCAUGUUGCUUACUUCCACACACGUGGACCAUAUAAGGACUGUGGACCACUAUUUUCUAAAGUGUUGAAAAUAUUUGGCGGUAAAUCACCUAUGUUUGCACUUUACCAUGACAACCCAAGGGAGGUGGCUGCUGACCAAUGUCGUUAUGCUGUUGGUGUUCUCCUACCAAAUGAACUGAGUAAUGAGACCACUGCUGUACUGAAAUCAAAUGGACUGUGUCAACAUACACUCCCUACUAUUGAAAAGGCAUUCAUGACAGACUUUCCUGCAACAUCAUUUCUUUCUUGUUUCUUUAUGGUCAUCAAGGUUUAUGGAAACAUGGAGUAUCACAUGAAGGAAGCAAACAUUGGCACUGACUUUGGAAAAGCUCCUUUUAUUGAGCUGCACAACCACGUUCCAGGCCAUGUUCGUGUCUUCAUGCCAUUGGAGAAACAGGAAAGAUUUGUUCUGCCAGAGUUCUCUGCUACAUGACAGUCAAAUGGUAAAACAAAAUGGAAACUGACUUUGCACUGCUUCGUGAAAUUGCUGAUGCACUAAAGUUGGGGAAAGGUAUGUUUGCUUGCUGGAAGAUAUUACAAAAGUAACGAGAUUCAGGAAAAGCGUUGAAGUAGCUGUUUGCUGUGCUGUGCAGUAGUUUUGAAUCCACAAUAUAGCAGUUUUCUUCUACUUCUUGGCUUUGCAA